GUCGACAUUAGACAUCUCUCAAAUUAAUGAGAAGCUUCAGCUUUGUACAGUGUUUUAUAAAUUCAUGAAGUUUUGAAUGAGAGAUUAUCCAUGUACCUAAUAAUGGGUGCCAUAUAUAAAUUAAGAGUACUAAUUUAAUAGUUAAAAUUACAAAUGGCUGCGGAUUUGCAUCUGAAAACGAGCAAGCAUUCGAAGUAUAAAUCGUAUAGGAAAAUUCUGUAUCAUAGGUUCUUCGUCGGUCUACUAUUGUUUAUAGUGAUAUCAUUAGUGUUUACUGUAGUGUUUAAUGUUUUUGCUGGAAGUACACCGCGUACAGAAUUCCACGAAACAGUGAAUUUGGAAGCAGUGAACUUGCCUGUUGUAAAACUGGAAAACGAGUAUCCUUUUUCGGAGCCUCGCGCUGUGAAUUGCACUUAUUGGAAUUGCUUUAAUGUCUACAAAUGUGGAAGAGGAGGCCACGAUAAGAUAACGAUUUACAUUUACCCUUUACGAGAUUACAGAACUGAAGAUGGGAAAGCAAUAUCAUCGUUUUCUAGAGAGUUUUAUGAAAUUUUAGACACAAUAAAAAAUAGUAAAUAUUAUACAUCUAAUCCUGACGAGGCCUGUUUAUUAAUACCAAGCAUAGAUACUUUGAAUCAAAAUCGUUUUUCAAAUAAGCAUGUGUCACAAAUUCUGCAGUCAUUAAAACAUUGGAACAAUGGAGAAAAUCAUCUCAUAUUUAAUUUUGUCCCCGGCUCUGCUCCAAACUACAAUACAGUUAUUGACCUCAACACAAGCAAAGCCAUUAUAGCAGGCUCUGGAUUUGAUACAUGGACCUUUAGAUAUGGUUUCGACAUAUCACUGCCCCUACACAGUCCAAUAGCGUACUCUAUCGAUAGCACACAGCCUAAACAAAAAGAUUAUCUCAUAGUAUCAACGCAGACCAACAUACCAACAGAUUAUUUGGCUCAAUUACAAGGUAUUGCAUCAUCAUCGAAUGAUUUACUACUAUUGGAUAGAUGCAAGAGCGAUAUCAACAAUCAUAGAAUGCGCUGUGAGUACACAACAGGCAAAAUGUUUGCAUAUCCAGAUGUUUUAAAGAAUGGGUUAUUCUGUCUUGUCGUACGAAGUGCCAGAUUGAUCCAGGCUGUGCUUCUCGAUGUCAUAGCAUCACAAUGCAUUCCAAUAAUAAUAGCAGACACAAUUGUCAUGCCAUUUAACUCGCAUAUAGACUGGAACAGAAUAGCAAUUUUUGUACCAGAAGAUAAUAUAAAGAAUUUAUUAAAAAUCGUGCAUUCAGUGAGCAAAGAGAGGCGUGGGGAAUUAUAUUGGCAAUUGAGAUGGGUCUAUGAAAGAUAUUUUGCAAGCAUAGAAAAAAUUACAAUGACCAUGUUGGAAAUUUUUAAUGAAAAAGUGUUUCCAUUGUCCGCGAGAAUGUAUGAGGACUGGAACAUGCCAGAGCAUUUGUACGGACCAGUGAACCCGCUGUUUCUACCAGAGACGGCCCCGAAAGCGCCCGGCUUCACUGCUGUCAUACUAACAUAUGACCGCGUUGAAAGUCUGUUCACGCUUAUAAGAAAAUUGGUGCGAACGCCGAGUUUAGCGAAAAUCCUCGUUGUAUGGAAUAAUCAGAAGCUGCAACCGCCGCCGGCCUCCGAAUGGCCGGUAAUAAACAAGCCGUUGAAAAUCAUACGAACCAAAGAGAACAAGCUAUCGAACAGGUUUUUCCCCUACGACGACAUAGAGACGGAGUGUCAGUUGACCAUAGACGACGAUAUUAUUAUGUUGACGCCAGAUGAAUUGGAGUUUGGUUUUGACGUAUGGCGGGAGUUCUCCGACAGAAUAGUUGGGUUCCCGUCGCGACUGCACGUGUGGGACAAUACCACAAGCUCGUGGAAGUAUCAUAGCGAGUGGACCAAUCAGAUAUCUAUGGUGCUAACGGGCGCCGCGUUCCACCACAAGAUCUGGUCGUGGUACUACACGUACAAGAUGCCGGCGGAGAUACGUCAGUGGGUGGACGAUAACUUCAACUGCGAAGAUAUCGCUAUGAACUUCCUGGUCGCUAAUAUUACGAGGAAAGCACCUAUUAAGGUGACACCACGAAAGAAAUUCAAAUGCCCCGAGUGUACAAACACAGAAAUGUUAUCCGCCGACGCGAAGCACAUGUCACAAAGAUCGGCCUGUAUCGACAAAUUUACCAAAAUAUAUGGCCACAUGGCGCUAAAAUCCGUUGAAUUUAGAGCUGACCCACUACAGUAUAGAGAAACGGGAUCUGGAAUACCACAUUUGUACCCGGAUAUAGGCGCUUUGUGAAUUAAAUAAAUACUUUUAUUGGUAAACAAUUGGUUAGAACUUUUGGCAGGAUUAGGGUGGCAUUUUUGCUUGAUGAAAGUUAAGUUCUGUGGUAUUGUUCAUUUUGAUAUCGGCUUUAAUAGUGUUUUCAUAAAAUUGCAAAAGAUGAACGCAUAGAUGAUUUGAUUUACGUGUAAAAAUGUCUUGAUUGUGAUUGGUCAGUGAUGUUUUGUCUAUGAUUGGCCGAUAUUACGUACUAUUUUUUUGUCAACUUUGUAAUGUAUUAGGUAUUUUAUUUAAAUAGCGGACGUUUAAUCUGCAUUUGGAAAAAAUGAAGUUUGUUGAUGGAUUUCUGUCUUUUCCAAUAAUAAUUGUUAGUGGAAGUAAGAUAGAGCUAUGAUGGUAGAGAUUUUGAAAAGGGGGGAUAGUUAUGUAAUUAAGACUUGUAUAUUUAAUUUUAAAUAUCGGUCAUUAACGUGGUACGUUUAAGAAGUACUAAGAUGACCAUGAAAACAUAUGAACAAACUUUAAAAUCAGUAAAGUACACUAUUGCUAGUGGCCACCCUGACUUGUUAUAAAUAUGUAUAUGAAAAUUUAUACAUCUCAAUUUGUACAAGCAAUUGCCAGGGGCGAAAAUGUAAGGAAUUGUUAUUUAUUACAGUCAGUUUGUCGUAAAUUGUGUUAAAAUUUAGUGUUAAGUAUUGUCAGUCUUGACGUCUGUAUGUGUUUUUUGGCUAUUUUGUAAUAAGGUGUAAUUUGUGGUCAUAAUAUAGAAUAAUAAGCACAAUUACAAGCUUUAAGUGCUUCAUUGUAUAGUAUCAAGUUUUUUUAAGGAACAACACAUUUUUCACACGAUUUUCUCAAAUAAUUGGAUUAAAAAGCGUUAAGGCGUAGUUAUAUUUUAAGUAAUUAUGAAUCGUUUUGACUGACAAUGCGAAUGUAUGAUUUAAAUUAGACGCUCCUAUUAAUUUCGGAGGUAUGGACAAUAAAUAACGAAAGGCUGUAAGCGAAGUAAAAAUGGGAAUCGUCCCCCAUAUACCAGGGUAAUGUAGAUUUAACUACCAUUAAAAUCCUCUUUUGAAUUGUGCUAUGUACUUAUACUUUCGUAUUUACGGGACGGUGCUAUAAUUUUUUUUCCAGAUGUUUAAAAGUUUAGAAAGGACAAAAUAACAAAAAAUAAUUGGAAACUACACAUAUCUUAAGAUUAAAUUAAUUCAAACAUCCAACAAGCUAAGAAUUUUUUUUUUAUAAUUUAUCAUAACUGUUUUAUUAUCUGUAUUAUGAUUAAUUUCAUUUUUAGCCCCGUCCCAAUGGAAAUUAUUAAGUCUAUAUUUUACCCUUAAUUUUAAUUAUACCUGUGCCAUGGUUUUAUUUGCCUACUCAUGUUUUGGCAGCUCAUGUCAGCUCAUAUUGUUAUGAACAAGAAGCUUAUAUCUAAUACACUGGAGACCUCAGUAUGAACACUAACCUGUCACAAGAAAAUAUGACCUUGAAUGACGCCUGUAUAUUCCUUCAUCCCUUUCACACCA